GAAGCUGUGCCGUUCACGCGACGUGGCCGCGCCGCCGCGCGUGCGCGUCCCUCCCUAUAUAUAUAACCCGGCCGCGCCUCGGGUCCUGACGGCUAUCCUCGCGUCGCUCACAGCACAAGCGUCGCCGCGUGCUCGGACGGACGGACGGACCUGAGCUUCUCCCGGACUCGUUUCGCCACGCGGCGCAAACCGGACGGUGCCGAUGCAGAUGGAUUUGGGGACGGAGCAGCGCGGCUGCGCGCAUUACAGGAGGGGGUGCAGGGUCGUGGCGCCGUGCUGCGGCGAGGUCUUCGGCUGCCGGCAUUGCCACAACGACGCCAAGAACUCGCUCGAGGUCGACCCGCGCGACCGGCACGAGAUCCCUCGCCAUGAAAUAAAAAAGGUUAUCUGCUCUUUCUGUACCAAAGAACAAGAUGUGCAGCAGAAUUGCUCUAACUGUGGCGUCUGCAUGGGAAAAUACUUCUGUGAAAAUUGCAAAUUCUUCGAUGAUGAUGUCUCAAAGAACCAAUACCACUGUGAUAGAUGUGGCAUAUGCAGAACUGGUGGCACGGAUAACUUCUUUCACUGCGACAAAUGCGGGUGUUGCUACAGCAAUGUCUUGAAGGAUUCCCACCGCUGUGUGGAAAGAGCAAUGCAUCACAACUGCCCUGUCUGCUUUGAGUAUUUGUUCGACUCGACGAAGGAUAUCAGUGUCCUACAAUGCGGGCACACGAUUCAUCUGGAGUGCAUGAACGAGAUGAGAGCGCACCAUCACUUCUCGUGCCCGGUGUGCUCGAGGUCGGCUUGCGACAUGUCGGACACGUGGCGGAAGAUGGACGAGGAGGUCGCGGCGACGCCGAUGCCGGAGAUCUACCAGAAGAAGAUGAUAUGGAUCCUGUGCAACGACUGCAGCGCGACGUCGAGCGUGCGGUUCCACGUCCUGGGACAGAAGUGCCCCGGGUGCAGCUCCUACAACACCCGCGAGACGAGGGGCGGCCCGGCGCCCGUCGCGCGCUCCCCAGUAUGAGCAGAGGAGGCCAAGUCAGAAACCUCAGGGAGAUUCAGUCCAAGCGUCCACAAGGUACAAGAUGAUGGAGGAUGCAGCAAGUAGUAGCCUGCAUGGAUGGCAUCACGAAGCUGCUGCUGUCCUCGCAGUUCCUGAUCUGAACCCGUCGGGAAGGCCUCGCCGGCCGCCGCGCUGGCUGCAGCUGGGAGAAACUAGAAUCACACGCUUGCAUGUUCAGAGAAUUUAUGUUUGCCAAUUGCCUCAUUGUGUCAAUUUGCUAUGGCUGGUUGGAGAAAAUCGAAUUACAACGACGAGCCUCUUCUCAUCUUGGUAUUA